GGCCCUUAGGCGAUGCAGGAAACUCACCCGGCGCCUACAGCCUCCAUCUCCGCCAGCCUCGCUGGCAGCCCGAUGGGAGGACGGAAGCGCACGUCUUUUUCAGUUUUUAUGAAGAAAGCCCCUGGCCCUCACUGCCUUUCUGGGAUUGGAGUGGAUGUGUGUAUUGGAGUUGGGGGAGCGCAGAUCACCCCGCUCCAGGUCAGCCAUGUCAUCUGAACCUCCUCCGCCACCACAGCCCCCCACCCACCAGGCUUCGGUUGGGCUGCUGGACACCCAACGGGUCCGCGACCGCUCACCAUCCCCUCUCCGGGGCAAUGUGGUCCCCAGUCCGCUGCCCACUCGCCGGACGAGGACCUUCUCCGCGACGGUGAGGGCCUCACAGGGCCCCGUCUACAGAGGAGUCUGCAAAUGCUUCUGUCGAUCCAAGGGCCACGGCUUCAUCACCCCAGCCGACGGCGGCCCCGAUAUCUUCCUGCACAUCUCCGAUGUGGAAGGGGAGUACGUCCCCGUGGAAGGCGACGAGGUCACCUAUAAGAUGUGCUCCAUCCCGCCCAAGAACGAGAAGCUGCAGGCCGUGGAGGUGGUCAUAACUCACCUGGCACCGGGCACCAAGCACGAGACCUGGUCCGGCCACGUCGUCAGCUCCUAGGAGAGGCCAGAAGCACCCCUUCUCCUGGGCUUGUGGGAGACUCUGUGGGGAGGAGGAGGCGGGACCAGACUGGAGAUGACAUUCUAUUGCCUGAGAUAAACAGGGGAGUGUGGUCCCUUUCAAGAAUCUCCUGGAGGCAGGAGUAUUGGGGGCAGGCACGGGGCUGCUCUCAGCCACCAGCACAGCCUCUGACCAGCGCAACCACCUCACCAUCUGAAAACUAUUAAAAGCAUUGAAAAAGGA